CAUGAAUAGCUUUUAUUUGAUCAUCUCUCAAACUAGUAUCUGUCUUUAUCACUUUUUUUUUGUUAACCUAAUACAUGAGUUCCCAAGACAUCGUUACCCAUUAUAUUAUCAACUGGAAAAGAUAAACUUUUUACAAAUUGAUCAUUAUUUUGUCAUUUUUGACAAUGUCGGCAUUGAGUACAUAUAAAGGAGGCCUAAUUUUUUUUUUUUUAUUAGGAAACUAACGUGACGUCGAAUGGUCAACACAGCAUAUCAUUUAAUACAACAUAAAAAAAGUUACACAGUAAGUGACACCAUGCAACAAAAAGGUUUGUAUAACCUUCAUCAUUCAAAAAUAAAAUUCUUUUACCA